AUGCAACAGGAAAGCCCACGUUAUGUGAUUGACAGGCCGGCAUAUAACCUCCCUGACUUUGACAGAGAAUUUGACAAAAAGAGUCGACAGUUCCCUGUUGGAGAAAAAGUAAAGAAACUCUUCAGAUGCUCUGUACCCAGGCUCAAAGGCUUGUUACUUAAACACCUGCCGGUUCUAAGCUGGCUUCCCAAGUACAAAGUAAAAGAAAACCUGCUGUGUGAUGUCAUCAGUGGGGUCAGCGCCGGCACCAUUCAGGUUCCCCAAGGCAUGGCUUUUGCUCUCCUUGCAAAUCUUCCUCCUGUCAAUGGUCUCUAUUCCUCUUUCUUCCCCCUCAUCCCAUAUUUCUUCAUGGGCACUGCUCACCAGAUGGUCCCAGGUACUUUUGCUGUUCUCAGCAUUAUGGUGGGAAUCGUGUGUCUUAGGCUAGCCCCCGAGUCGGAUUUCAGUCAUUUCAAUGCCACUCUUAAUGCCACAGUAGUGGACACUGACAGGAUGAAUGAAGUUCGUCUGGCUAUAUCUGGUACUUUGGCCUGUCUCACUGCAAUCAUACAGAUUGGUCUUGGCUUCAUGCAGUUUGGGUUUGUAGCCAUCUAUCUGUCAGAGUCGUUUGUCAGAGGCUUCAUGACUGCUGCAGGACUGCAAAUCUUAAUUUCAGUGCUCAAGUACAUCUUUGGCAUCACAGUGCCAUCUUACAGUGGUCCGCUGGCUGUUAUAUAUACUCUCAAGGAUAUAAUAUUGGGCCUUCCUGAUACCAAUAUAGCCUCCUUAGUCUUUGCUUUGGUCAGCAGUGCAGUUUUGAUUGUGGUGAAAGAACUAGGUUUCCACUUUCGUCAUAAACUUCCUUUCCCUAUUCCUAUUGAGAUCAUCGUCGUGGUGGUGGCCACAGCCAUCUCAGGUCCGCUGCAUCUUCCUGAGAUCUACCACAUGGACAUUGUGGGCAAUAUUCCUCUGGGAUUUCCUGCACCGAUCCUCCCAACAGUGAGUCAGUGGGAAGACAUGUUGAGCACAGCUUUCUCUCUGGCUAUUGUCGGAUACGUCAUCAACUUAGCUAUGGGCAGGACACUGGCAGCUAAGCAUGGCUAUGAUGUGAAUCCCAACCAGGAAAUGUUGGCUCUAGGCUGCAGCAAUUUCCUUGGAUCUUUCUUUAAGAUCCAUGUGAUCUGCUGUGCUCUGUCUGUAACGCUGGCUGUUGACAGUGCUGGAGGAACCUCACAAUUUGCCAGUCUGUGUGUAAUGCUAGUAGUAAUGGUCACCAUGCUCGCCCUGGGAAUCUAUCUAAAGCCACUCCCAAAAUCAGUGCUUGGAGCGUUGAUCGCAGUAAACCUGAAGAACACGCUCCUACAGCUCUCUGAUCCCUUUUACUUAUGGAAGAAGAGCAAACUGGACUGUUGUGUGUGGGUUGUGUCAUUCUUGGCCACAUUCUUUCUAAGCUUGCCUUAUGGUGUUGCUGUCGGAGUGAGUUUUUCCAUCCUGGUAGUUAUAUUCAAGACACAGUUUCGCAAUGGUUCAACAAUUGUUCAAAUUAAGGAUACAGAUAUCUACAGAAAUCCAAAGACAUACAGCAAGGUCAUAUCAGUAACAGGUGUGAAAAUAGUUAACUAUUGCUCACCAAUCUACUUUGCAAAUGCGGAAAUAUUUCGCCAGAGAGUCAUCAAAAAGACUGGGCUGGACCCUGGCAAACUUAUCCUGGCCAGGCAGAAGUUCUUGGACAAAGAACAGAAGGAAAAAGUGAAACAAGAUAAGGACAAAACGUCAAGAAGGCGGAAACCCAGCUCUUUGGUUAACAUGAAAGCUCAGACCAUAUCUCAGCUUGAACUGCAAAAUGACUUUGAUAUGAAAGAUGGCAGUGCCAACAAUGUUGGACUUCCUACAAGCUAUGUCAACUUCCAUUGUAAUGACAUUGAACUUGGCGAGCAGUUACCUGACCAAGAGCCAUCCAGCCCCCCUGUUCUCACCCUGGAGCCCACGCCAGUGCCCUUCCACACUCUAAUCCUCGACAUGGCGGGGGUCUGCUUCAUAGACCUGAUGGGCAUAAAAGCAUUGAUAAAGAUGAACUCGGGCUACACGACGCUGGGCAUUAAACUGUACCUGGCUAACGUUCAAGCCCAGGUGUAUGAAGAACUGGAGGCCGGGGGAGCGUUUGAAGAUGGCAAUAUUGCCCGCAGUAAUCUCUUUCUUUCUGUUCACGAUGCCAUUCUGUUUGCUCAGCAGACCUCUGGAGAGAGGGAAGUCUACUCAAAGGCCCAGGGAGCAAAACAGGGACUUGAUUUUAACAUUAAUGAGGAGAAGGAUCUGGAACAGGAAAUGUUUUGA